AUGGCUCCUGUGAAGCAGCGCACCGAACCACCAUAUCCACUUCAUCCCUCCGUCAUUGAUAGGAUAAACCCAGAGUAUGCUGCUUUCUAUAACGAGCACCUCCAAGACAAGCAGCAAGUCCACCUCCAACCAGUCGAAGCGUCCCGCGCGGGCGGUGGUAAAAUUGUACUUGGGGCCGGCAAGCCUGAGGCCAAUGUUUCCGUCAAAGACCAUCUUGUCCUGCAGGAUCCGAGGUUGUGUCGCAACCCUGGGCUGAUGACAGGCCAAGAUUUUCCUCGCAUUCCAAUCCGUAUCUUCACUCCCAUGAGUCAGGCGCCCGCAGCUGGCUGGCCACUUUGCUUCUGGUUCCAUGGUGGUGGAUGGGUACUGGGGAAUAUUGAUACGGAAAAUGUUAUUACCUCACGGCUUUCUCACGCGGGAAAGUGCGUUGUAAUAACAGUGGACUAUAGGCUUGCUCCUGAACACCGUUUUCCGACAGCGCUGGAAGACUGUUGGCAAGUAUUCCUAUGGGCAACCAAUGAUUCAAAUCGAGACCCCGUUCUUCGGGGCAUCAACAAGAAAUGCGUUGCUGUUGGCGGCUCUUCCGCAGGUGGGAAUAUUGCUGCCGCAAUUUGUCAACGCCAAGCUGGGUUUAGCACGUGGAUGCCGCGUCUUCAAUUCCUCAGCGUCCCAGUUCUUGAUAACACGGCCACUGCCGAGAACAAUGUCUCCUGGAGAGAAAAUGAGUUUACUCCAGCCCUUCCUGCAGCUAAAAUGAUGUGGUAUCGAGAGCAUUAUUUACCCGAUCCGGCACAGUGGUGCCACCCAGAGGCAAGCCCGCUGCUGUGGAAAGGCAAUUGGGGCAAAUUACCUCCAGCAGUUAUACUCGUUGGGGAGCUAGAUGUGCUGCGAAGCGAAGGCCAGGAUUUUGCGAAGAAAAUGAAUGCCGCUGGCGCUAAGGCCAAUGUGCACGUCUUUAAAGGGCAGCCUCAUCCAUUCAUUGCAAUGGAUGGUGCCCUCUCGGACGGCAGAAGAGCUAUAGAGAUUUUCGCUGAUGCAUUAUCAAACAUACUGUAUCAGCCUGAAUAG